AUGGACUACGAAAAGUACGAGAGCUAUGAGCGGCCGACGGAGCGGUCCAGAUGGACGCCCCUGACGCGCAUGUUGCUCUCGGGAGAAAUGACACAGGAGAAGCAGCAAGAGCUGACGGCGCGAGAAAAGUUUGACCGAUGGAUGAUUAACGAAGGAUACCGAAGAGUAUUCGUCUUCGUUUUCAUGCUGGCCCAUGCCCUCAUCUUUGCCUUUGCCUGCGUCCACUACGGCCUCAAGGACAGCUUGGCGACAUCCCGAGCCACCUUUGGUUUCACGUUCGUCGUUGCUCGAUCGGCCGCCCUGGUCCUCCACGUCGAUGUCGGCAUCAUCCUCUUCCCCGUCUGCAGAACCCUCAUCUCGCUCCUCCGACAGACGCCUCUCAACGGCGUCAUCCAGUUCGACAAGAACAUCACCUUCCACAUCACGACGGCCUGGUCCAUUGUCUUCUUCUCGUGGGUGCACACCAUUGCCCACUGGAACAACUUUGCCCAGGUGGCGGCCAAGAACAACCUUGGCAUCUACGGCUGGCUGCUUGCCAACUUUGCCUCGGGCCCCGGCUGGACCGGAUACGUGAUGCUCAUCGCCCUCAUGGGCAUGGUCUUCACCUCGAUCGAGAAGCCCCGACGCGCCAACUACGAGCGGUUCUGGUACACGCACCACAUGUUCAUCGUCUUCUUCAUCUUCUGGGCCAUCCACGGAGCCUACUGCAUGAUCCAGCCCGACGUGGCGCCCUUUUGCACGAGCAUCGGGCCCUCGGCCAUUGGCGUGUUUUGGCAGUACUGGAUGUACGGAGGCUUCAUCUACCUGGCGGAGAGAAUCGCCCGCGAAAUCCGAGGCCGCCACAAGACGUACAUUUCAAAGGUCAUCCAGCACCCCAGCAACGUCUGCGAGAUUCAGAUCAAGAAGGAGCACACCAAGACUCGAGCCGGACAGUACAUCUUCUUCUGCUGCCCGGCGGUCUCGCUGUGGCAGUACCACCCCUUUACGCUGACCAGCGCCCCCGAGGAGGACUACAUCUCCAUCCACAUGCGUUGCCAGGGCGACUUUACCAUGGCCGUCUCGAGUCUCCUGGGCUGCGAGUGGGACAAGAAGGGCAGCACGAGCAAGGUCGUGGGCGCUGCCGGCGACGAGACCAACGACCCGGCCCUGAAGCGAGUCUUGCCCAGGGUCUACGUCGACGGGCCCUUUGGAUCCGCCUCGGAGGACGUCUUCAAGUACGAGGUGGCGGUUCUCGUCGGUGCCGGUAUUGGCGUCACGCCUUUUGCCUCGAUCCUCAAGUCCAUCUGGUACCGGAUGAACUACCCGCAGCAGAAGACGAGGCUGCGCAAGGUCUACUUCUUCUGGAUCUGCCGCGACUUUGGCUCGUUUGAGUGGUUUCGGUCGCUGCUGCUGGCCGUCGAGGCGCAGGACGUGGACAACCGCAUCGAGAUCCACACGUACCUGACGGCCAAGAUCAAGGCCGACGAUGCCACCAACAUCAUGAUCAACGAUGCCAACGCCGACAAGGAUGCCAUUACGGGCCUGAGGAGCCCGACCAACUUUGGCCGCCCCAACUGGGACAUGAUUUUCCGAGGCAUCCGGAAGCUGCACACGCCUUGCGAGGCGGGUGUGUUUUUCUGCGGGCCCAAGGGUCUGGGAAGUUCCCUGCACGUUUACUGCAACAAGUAUACGGAUCCUGAGUUCUCGUUCGUCUGGGGCAAAGAAAACUUUUAA